CUUAGGAUAGUGUCUAACACAUGACUAAUGUUCAGUAAAUAUACUAAAAUAAAUGAAUAGUGAUUUUGAAUGUUAACAUACAAAACUCCAUGGGGUGCAAAUAUUAAAACUCACAUUUCCAUUUUUAGGGAGCUGACCACAUAGGAAGCAGAUAAGACCCUGCAUGUAAGAAAUGUAUAAAUAAAAGUACAAGAUACUAUAUAAUUACAUUCAUGAAAAACAAUGCUUGUUGUGUUGGGUUUGGUAUUGAGCUAGAAAGGUUUGUAUUUAGAAGAAAGAGCUGAGUAAAAACACACACAAAAAAGAAGAUACAAAUAAUUAUUAUACAGAGUGUUUUAAGCAUGGGAACUAAGAGAGAAAUGUUCACGAUGCUUGUACCCUACUUGUGAGGAAUGGGAUGAAAAUGAAGUAGACUGAUUGAGAGAUGUUGCUAAGAUGAAUAUGCAUCUGUGUUGUGCAUGUGCGCAUGUGAGUGUGUGUUUGUAUAAGGAAGUCAUAGGUUUAAAAAAUCUGAGCACAAAGGAGAUUUUAAGUGUGUCUUUUUCCUUUUCAUUCUACUUCAACAUGGAACACCUCAGCAUUCUAGAUUGCCUAUUCAUCACAAAUUCCUUGUCUCCUCCAGAAUCCAGAACAGAGUAAGUAAGAUAUUUUCAAAAUGAAAAGUUUCCAUAUCGAGAAAUUUCCUUUUCUUCCCUGAAAGUUCCUCUUGUCUUUAAAGCCUGUGCUGACACAAGUAAUACAAGCCUUGUAACUUCCAAUUUGAUAGCUCCUUCUUACUUUUACUUCAAUAUACUCUUGAACUGGACUUACAGUUCCAGAAAAGCUACAGGAUCAAGAACCAGGAGGGGCAAAAAGGAUGUGCUAAGGAAAGAAUGGAUUGAAUUGAACCCCUCCAGAAAGUGAAUUAUUUAGAGAGACUGAGUUUGGGUUUCCCCAGUUAGCAGUGAACAGCAAUGGGCCCAAAGAAAUAUGCCAAGUUUCAAAAUGGUAGAACCUCAGAAAACAGCCCACUUAAACUUGAGAAAGGAACAGUUACUGAUGAUGAUGAGAUUUUUGAUGCAGUCAGCCAAUCAAAAUUUGUCCUAGAGAACCUUCGAUACUACACAACCCAUCCAGAUUUGGCCCAGUACUAUGAGCCUCUGAAGCCCACUACAACGCAGAAAUUCCUGGAUCAAAACAGGAAAAUCACUAGCUUCAUGUUAAAAGUAACUGAAUAUGAUCAGGAUAUGACCUUACUGAUUAUGACCAACAACCCACCUCUCUGCUCAAUCUGCCAGCAGGAGAAGGACAGUGCUCCGAAAUACUUUUCCAAGGAUUUAUUGUUCAAGGAAAGUCAUCAGCACAAAACCACCAAGAACUUUUGCCUGCCCCUGAUGCCUCAGAAAAAAAAGGUGAGAUCGGGGCUAAAGCCAAUCUUCCCCAUGAAAAAGUUUGAUGAUCCUACAUCCAAGGAAAAACAAUGGUUUAGGUUUUCCACUGACAGCGACUUUAAGACCGAAGGGCAGUAUUCAAAAACCUAUGCUUUGAGGAAACAGAAAAAAAUGUAUCCACAGCUCAACUUUGCUCCAGUCUAUGAAAGAGACAAGAUGAAAGAUGCUUCCAACAAGUCAGUGAGUGAGACGCCGACUACCCAGGUGCUUCGGGAACCACUCACACUUUCAUCGCUUCAGAAAGAGAAGCCCAGCCGAAGCGCGCCGGGAGAAAACUCCUUCCGCAACGGAAGGGCACAGCAAUGGAUUAUCAAAAAUGCCACUCUCAUUAGGUGAAAACAAACCCUUCAGGGCUCUCCAGAGACUGAGGGUCCUGCGGAAGUAACCUACCAAAUAAAAUCACCUUGCACCACUUAGCAAGCGUGGGCGGCU